UUAAAUGUUACUUGUGUGUAGCCUGAUUUUGCAAAAGGAGCGAAAUCAACUGCAAUCACAUUUGUUUUGUAGUUUAAGUCAAUUAAACGUUUAUUUGAGCUACUUUGUAUUAUGCAGAAGUCGCCAACUUGCCCAAAGUGUAAUGGGCAGUUUAUUGUGCAAGAUGGACGACUGCACAAAAGACCAUUGCUGCUUAAUUGUGGACACACAUUCUGUGAGGCCUGCCUUCAGUCAAUGGCAAAAGAAACAAGAAACCAUUUAUCAUGCCCAACUUGCAAGACUGAGACCCCCCUAUCCCCUGGUGAGAACAGUGUAAAGUUGCUGUGUCAGGACAGAUACAUGAUGGGAACCGUCUUCCAAAACAACAAGAGCAUUUUUGACAUUGAAAUGGUCAAGCUUAAAGAAUCCACAAAGAUGAUCUCUCAAAAGAAGAAAAAUACAGAAAACUUGUGCAAAGAGUGCUGCCAACGGCAGGUUACAAGUCACUGUAAGAAGUGUGAUUGUAACCUCUGCAUGGUCUGCUUUUCAAGGGUGCACAGUUUCUCCAAGUAUCUCCAGCAACACGUAGCAGUGCCUAUAGAGGAAUCCAGUUUUCUGGAGAUUUCUCAGAUGUGCAAGAUUCACGAAUCACGGCCCAUCGAGUAUUUCUGUGAGGAUGACGAGCUGCUCAUCUGCUCACGCUGCGUUAUUCAGGGGAACCACAAGGGUCACAACAUCUCCUCCAUCGAGGAUAAGAAUCGGCACAUAAUCCGUGAAAUGGAACCAAAUUUACAAGUAGCCAACCUGGUAUUCAAGAAGCUAAAGAAGAUAGACAAGGAGCUGGAGACCUUUGUACCUGACUGUCAGAGGGAGGUGGAGCCAGUGCUGAGGGACCUAAGGUCACACUUCCUGCACCUGCAUGGUCUGUUACAGGUGCGAGAGCAGGCGCUGGAACACCGCAUACUGCAGGUGUCACGUGGGCAGCUGGAACCACUCGAGAAACUGAAAGCAGAACUGGACCAAGAAUAUAAACAGCUUGAUUUGACAAUUAAAUCCGCCCACAGGAUCAUGAACAACAACGAUGAGGUGAUUGUGAAUGCCAAGGACAUCCUGGAGCGCCUGGUGCACGCUCGAGACAUCCCAUGCAUCGUGGAACUGAAUGAGGAGUCUGUGCACACCCAGCGAAUAGUUUUCAAGUCCGCUCCUCUGGAUACUCUGCUGUUACAACAUGGGGAGAUAUCAGAAGCAGAGCAGCCAAGGUUUAGAACUUUCUGCUACCGAGAUCUCCCGGAGAGGUUUUCCAUGGACGAUGCAGAGAGUGUGUUCCCUAGCCCCCCGUCAACCCCUCAAGAUGGGCAAAGUCACCAGUCAGAGACAACCUCACAGACUUCACAGAGUGAUGAUGUCAUCAUUGAAGAGGAACAAGAAGUGUUGCUGAAUGCAGCCGGAGACCAGAUCGCAGCUAUGAAAGUGAAAUCUGGCCCACAAACGAAGUUACCUGAUAAACCUAUGUUUAAAGCAAGGGAAUUUAAACAAGGACAAAAUGAGAAUGUUAUCGUAACGCACAUUAACUCACCGAACAAGUUUGUGGUACAGCUAAAGCGUGACAACUCGAAGCUUGCCACCAUGUCUCACGCUAUUCAGCGCUGGUGUAACAGUCCUCAAGCCAAGACACAGAUUGUCACUGAGGUUGAUGUGGACGACUAUGUGUUGGUUCUGUACUCGGUGGACAAGCAGUGGUACCGUGGGCGUAUCAAACACGUGAUUCGACACGACCCAGACGACUUCAGUAAGACCAUCGUGGAAGUCGCGUACUUUGAUUUCGGGAACGUGGAGCUAGUACAGGUUGACAGAUUGCGCAAGAUGCAGUCAAAAUUCAUGAAGCACCCUGAAUUCUCCAUUGAUUGUUGUCUAGUGAACCUGGUUCCACGAUCAAAGGACGCAAACUGGUCGCUAGAUGCAGUCCAGACAUUUGCCAAGAUGGUGGACAAUAAAACCAUGGUUUUGAAGGUUGUCCAAGAAGAGAACAAGAUCAUGAUGGUGGAUCUGAGCAAACCUGCUGAUGAAGAGAUCCUCGAUGAUCGACCUAUAUCAGUACGAGAUGCCCUCGUGUUCCUGGAGUUGGCAAAUCUUGAGUCUCCUUACUCGUUGCCUGAACCUGGAUCUUCUAAGUUACCAAACAGGAACUUCCUGACACCGAGUCCAAAGGAGGAGGGAGAGUCAUAUCCAGUCAUUGUGAGCUAUGCAGGCACCCCGGACAACUUCUAUGUGCAGGAGCUUGGUGAAGAAGCAGACUACCUUGCCACCAUGAUGGCCCACAUUCAGGACACGUACACCAAGCAAAACAAAGACACCUGGCAGAUUAUAUACCCACAGAUAGGAAUGAUCUGUGUAGCCCAGUUCAGUGGAGACCGCCUGUGGUACAGGGCCAAGGUCAUAGAGUUGCCUGGCAACCGGGAUGUCACUGUGCAGUAUGUGGACUAUGGGAACACUGAGCGUGUCAACGUGUUCAACAUUCGCAAGAUCCUUGACUCUUUUCUCAUCCUUCCUGCUCAGGCUGUGGUGUGUAGCCUUAAAGAUGUUGAGCCACUGGACACCAGCACUGGGUGGACAAACAAGGAGCUUCAAUACUGGUCAGAGAAGCUCACAAUGCAGAAAUUUGUCAUGAAAGUGAUGGCAACGAGACCACGACUCUCUGUGGUUUUACGGGAAGCACAUGUGGAGGACAUGUACAGAUCAAUCAACAUCAGAAUGGUAGAAGCUGGGAUGGCAAGAUCUGUUGGGAAUUGGUCCAAACCCCAGACUAUGAAGGAGAUCAAGACGGCUGUGAAGGAAGUCGUGCCCCGUCUCUCCUACACUGUGGGGAGUGGGUCCUUCCCUGAACCUUGUGAUCUCGAACACAAACCAGUAGUGUGGAUGUCGCGCAAUUCUAAGCCAACCCCACGCUACAAGGAGGCAGUAGAAACCCCGCCCCGCUCUCCGGAGAGACCCGCCGUGAAACCCCAGGCUGGGGCCAAGGUCAAGGCCAGUGAGGGUGAUCAUGGAAACCAGGGCAAGGGUAGUUCAAAGAGUCCCAGCUCAUCUGGGACAGUGACCCCUGUACAAGGCAGCCCACAGAAAGGGGCCAAGGGCUCCACGGAGAAACCCUCCAGCAAAGGAAAGGCAACUCCGUCAAAGGAGGUCACCCAGCCAGAGGUUGAGGUGCAAAUCUCGCACUUUGUCAACCCCACUGAGUUCUACCUGCAGAAAAAGGACGCGGGAGACCAGGGCCUUAACCAGUUAAUGGUGGACCUACACCAUGCGUACCACAACACUGAGGUAGAGCAGAUUGCUCUGAAGAAAGGCUCGUUUUGCGCUGCGUAUUCCACCAGUAAGGGGCGCUGGUAUCGCACUAAGGUCAUCAAGCUGCUACACCAUACACUGCUGGAGGUGUUCAUGAUUGACUAUGGCUUCAAAGAGGUCCUUAGCACCAGCAACGUACGGGCAAUCCUGCGACAGUUCCGACGUCACGCCAGCUUCUGUUUCCCUUCCAAGCUGUACGGCUUGCAGCCCACAGGUGGGAUGGCGGAGUGGUCGAAAUCUUCCAUAGAGUUCAUGCAAGAUCUGGUCACCAAUAGGAGACUCUACCUUAUCAAAAGGCAAAACGCGGGUGAAGACAACCGGCUGCCUAUUGACCUGAUAUAUGAGGAGUAUGUGGAGGAGACAGCCCUGGAACCAGGCACCCGAACAUUCCACUCAGUCAUUGAUAAACUCAAGGGACAGGGCCUGGCUAUACCCAUACCCAAAAAAAAGAAAGAAGAAUCAAUUAAGGAGAAAGAGAAAGUGUUUCCAGUGUUGUACUACAAGAAAGCAGAGGCGGAGGUAAAAUCAGGGGACAAGGUGAUGCCUGUUUAUGUGGACUAUGAUGCAGUCGUCCACUGCUAUACGAUGGAAGGAGAUGACGUGUUCCAAUCAAUGUGUGAUAACCUGCAGCAGAAGUUCAAAUACAGCGACCCGCACGGCCCGGAGCAGAAGUGGGAGGCGGGACAGGCGUGUGCUGCCUUCUAUGAGAGUGAUCAGUCCUGGCAUCGUGCCAACAUAGUUCAGGUGGACCCUGAUAAAGUGCAGGUGCACUUUCUGGACUACGGCAACUCUGAGUGGACGGGGUAUGAGAAGUUGCGGGCGGAUGUUGAGGAGUUCACCCACGUACCCCAGCAGACCUUCCUGUGCAGCCUCCAUGACAUCAGGCCAAUCUCAGAAGACGGGAAGUGGGCAGACGACAUAAUUGCCAUGAUGCACAAGGAGCUGGUGAAUAACUACUGCACCAUCAGUGUCGUGGAGAAGCUAGGUUUCACCAGCAAGCACAUGACAGUUUUCCUCGAGCUCAACGGUGAGGACUAUGGCUCGAGACUGGUCAAGUUUGGACUGGCACAGAGAGGGGAGUACAUCACUGACAUUGAGAUGAUGAGUAGGAAGAUACAGGAGGCCAUACUGAAUAACAAUCCAUUUAAGAAGCCCCUCUUUGGGAAUGUGGGAGACACAGUCCAUGUGAUGGUCACCCAUCAGGAGCUGCCAAAUCUUUUGUACCUGCAAAAAUCGAGAGUCAACUUUGACCCUGCCACUCCAAAGGAGGAGAGGCGGAGACAGAAGGAGAGCAACAUGUACCUGGACAAGUUGGAGGCGUGUCAGCGGGAACUCGCCAUGAUUAUAGCCACCCUUCCAGGGAUUCCUAGUCCCAAACCUGGUAUGGCGUGCUGUGCCAAGUACCCUGUAGACAAGUGCUGGUACCGAGCCUUUGUUGUGGAUGUCUUCCCUGAGAACAAGCUCUUCCUGGUGCACUUUGUGGACUACGGAAAUACCGACUAUGUGCCCUUAAACAAGAUGCGAGCCCUCCCCCAGCAGCUGUUCCCUCUGCCCUGCCAGUCCCACGUGGCGAUACUAGACAAUGUGCAUCCAACGAACAACAUUGCCUCCUGGACUCUGAUGUCUGACUGGCAUAUGAGACAGACUGUCACUGGUCAGAAUGCAGUGGCCAUGGUCAAGGGGUUGAACCCUCUGCGAGUGGAGCUUUAUGUCCCUGGCAGUGAGCCCAGCACACUUCUGUACCAGGAUGUCAUUGAUCAGGGAUUUGUCAUCUACAGUAUUGAAGAUCAACCAGAGCUUGAGCAGACAAAACUUGGACCAAUUGUAAAUGCCAUGGGAGACCACUCUGUUGAUAAGGAGCUACAUUCACCUAGCCAGGCAGAUGAGAGAUUAAGAUCCAACGAAACUGUUCGCCCCCACACACCCAUGAAAUCUUCAGUGGCAGAGAAAUUACAGUCAAGCGUUUCUGGCCUAGUGACAUUGGCUGUUGAUGAAGCCAGCAGCGAUCCAGAGUCUUGUACCAGUGUAAAAAGUCACGAAAAGAAGACAGAAAUACUCUCAGAACACUUGACCAAUCUUAAUUCAAAAAGUGCUUUUGAUACAAAGGGGGAGUCAGAAGGAAACAAGAUAGAGGUUUUUCGUUCUGCAACUGAGAUUGAUCACUGCAGUGGCAGCAGCGAUUUAGUCGCCACUGAUGACAGCUGCUCAAAAUCGUGGGCGGAUAUGGUGGAUAGGAGCUCAAGCUUCGAUAUUGAUGAGCUGCCAGAAUUUGAUUUGGAGCCCGUAGUCGAGCAGCAGUCAGGACAGGGUGUUGACAUAGUGAGAGGAAAUUUGAAAGGCAAUGCUCAGGAAGUGCAGGGAAUAUCUGUGGACCAGAAUGUAGAAAAUUCUGCGGGAUCUAGUCUUGUUGAUGAAACCUCAUCGAAGAAAAUCCGCCUGUCGGCUUCCACUCAAGCUAGGGGAAAGCGGAGCAAACUCAGCGAUGAAGAGAAAAGAAGGUUACAAGAGGAGCGAAGAAAGCACAGAGUGAUGUAUGCCAACACAGAAGCUGAUGUGCAGCAUACUGACGAGUGUUUUGAUUGAGUUAUAUGAUGAGCAAACCUUGGUAUGUCGAAACUUAUAUACGGGAUCCUGUUGUUAAAACUUUAAACAGUUGUAUAAAAAAACAAGGUUAAAUACUAUUCUGCAAAGUUUGCUUGUUACUAUGAUGUCGUGAAUAAAAACAAUUUUGUAAAAUUCCUUGAAUUCUCAUUCAAAUCUUGAUGAAACAUGCAGGAAGUCUUAAUAUAAAAAACUGGUACUUUAGACAAUGGCUCACCUUCUAUUCUAUUGUGUGUUGUUCUUUGAGUAAAGUAUACUUACUAAAAUGCUCUUGAUCUGAAGGCACAAUUAAAUACUUGUUUUGUUUGUCUAACUAUACAUUUAACAUGAUUAUCAUAUUUCUAUCAGUACUUUUUUCUAUGAAUGUUGUUAAGUCUUUCUACAGUUUGGUUUGCUACCAAAGUAGCUUUGAAACAAUCAGUUGCCCUUGUGUGUUCAUGUUAUCAUUUUUUUUUAUGAUCUUGAGGUACAAGGUGCGAUGUUUUUUAAGUUUUUUGUUCUAGGUCUCAGAUGUUUGUUACAUUUAUUCUUGUGUUUUAUUUUUUGAUUUAAUAACUAUGCAACUAUGUAAUACUUUUUCUUCUUGUUUUUUUUUAAUGUUUUUUUUUCUGGGUCUCAGACGUUUGUUACAUUUUUUCUUGUGUUUCUUGUGUUCUAGGUUACAAUUCAAUAAGUAUGUGAUACUUUUUCUUCUUUUUUAUGUUUUGUUCUGGUUCUCAGAUGUUUGUUACAGUUUGUCAUGCGUUCAAAGUUCCAAUUAAAUAACUGUGUAAUA